AUGUCUGCUCCAGCAGAUGAGCCGCCUGCGCUAGAUCGUUUUUCAAAGAGAGUACAUCUGGUUGCUUUCGCCGGCGAUCUUCGCGCGUUCAAGUGGGUUUACACGGGAGAGUACACCGAACUAUCUGGCUCGGUCGUCCCGCUAGACAUCGCCAACGGUGUCCAGGAUCUGAAGAUGGAUGUCAAUCGCCAAAAACCCAAGACUAUGGACUGGGCAGUCAAGGCUGCAAUACUGGCUUGGCUUCUAGGAGACGAUCUGAAAGUGGCCGAAUUCCAGAACUAUGCUAUGGCGCGCCUCUUCGCCGCUCUCACCCGUCCAUCCGAGAAGCCACAGCUUACGCCGGCCUUGUAUGAUCACGUCUUCGUAAUAUCAGAUAUGACCAGCAACCUGGACACCGCAAUGGAGCACUUGGUCGUUCGGAACUGGGGUGACGCGUCUGUAGUCGAUCAGGAAGACCUGCAACUCUGGAUCUCUAGGAUUACCAGAUUGGACACUUUUCGGGACAGGUUCUUCAAGGAAUCUUUACUGUCACUUGAUCAACGACGUGAAAAGGCUUUGGUGGCGAAAGAUUAUUUCUGCGGCGAACUACCCUAG